AGAAGACGUGUGUGUGAGAGUGAGAGAGGGGGGGAGAGCGCGGCACUAUAAAUAGAGAAGGGCCCCGAGAGAAAGUGGGGAGUGUGUGUGGCAGAGGAGAGAGAACGCGGAGGCAGAAAAGUGGGACAUGGACAGAAGCGCGCAUCUAGCUACAGACAGACCUACAAGAGUCAGAGAGAGAGGGAGCCUAAGAGAUAGACGGACAGAGUACAGAGAGCACUUUACAGAGAGAGGCAUAAGAACGCGUCUGGGUAGCAGUUAGCUACGUACAGACAACAACUACUUUAGUUUUUGAGACCAAAGGAAGAAACAUAAAAUGGGACGUGUUAUUUUACUCGCUACCUAUGGUCUAUCAACAUGUUUAUAGAGCUGUCAUUAUGUAACUUAAUGUGGAAGCAAAGGGUUGCCCACAGCCAAGAAGGGUAAGCAAGAGAUCUAAAUGGAAGAGGACCCCAUAUACUGAAGGAAAAAGAAAGAAAAAGGAAAAAAUUAAAGUAGAAAUACUUGAAAGUCCUAAAAAUGUAAAACUAGUUGACAAAGUUACUCAUUUUUACGCAGGUAAUCAAUUCCCCACUUGGGAUGUGUUGAGUUUGAAGCCAAUGACAGAUGAUGAGGUAGCUCUAUUGGGAAAGCUGAAUAAAGAGAUUCUAGAUCCUACAUCGUUUAACAUACGCAUAAUAGAUAGCACAUGUGUUUUUGUACAUAAUUUAAAGAUACCAUCUGUAUUAGCAGCCAGACUCGACAAAGCUCAAAUCAAUAGGCUAACUAAAUUUUGCUCUCAGAAGAUUCACAGGAGAUAUAAUAUUAUAGUAACAUCCAACAGCAGUAUUAACAGAGAAGAGUUGUAUAUUUGCUUCGUGGUGGCCGGCUUGACGACAAGAUGGAAGAAGCAGUAUUGGACACGCUUAACCAAGAGGCAUAUGACAAAGGGUAUGGAGUCGUAUCAGUGUUCUUUCUUCACUCACUCUAUGACUUCGAGCCGAGCAAUUACGAGCUAUAUUUGACAUAUAUUGAUAAAUAUACCGUAUUCUGCAUGGAGCAUCUGUUGAUCCCUUUGGUCAGGGACGACCAUUGGCAUCUUGUUGAAGUUGAUUUGAAAGAUAAUGUCGUAAAGCAUUAUAGUUCUGCUGGGCACGAAGCUUGAAUGGAGCCUGUUAAUAAAAUCAUAAACUAUUAUGAUGCUCAUCAUGUUGAUUUUGUUGAGCAAAAUAUGCGCAGAAUAUUUAGAUAUGAAGCCAUCAAAUGCGAGCAACAAAGAGGGCGUUUUGACCGUGGUUUGUUCAUCUACCUCUUCAUAAAAGCAAUAAUUGAAGGCCGCUGAACAUUGCGGGUUAAUCCUCUGAACGAUAUCCCUGAAGCUAUGCGAGCAAGACUUGUCGCACAAUUAUUACUUGCUGGUUAUGAACAAAGACAUAAAGACGAAACAAUGUACAGUGAUGAAUGAUAUGUUCAUACAAAUACAAUAAUGUAUGUAUAUUUAUUUGAAAAUACGUGUUAUCAGAUGUAUUGUUGGCUCUAA